AUGCGUUACGGCCAUCUUGAUACGGAAAGCCUUCCGGCUUGGGCAGUACUGAAUGAUAUCCAGCUACCAGCUGCUCGAGUCACCCGGAACAUCUUGGAUAGUGAUGGUAACAGCAAGGGCGGCGGACUUGUUGCUACUCGCGAUGUGUCCGCUGGCGCUAUCCUGCUGAAAGUGCCUAGUGAGUUGAUUGUAUCACGUGGCCAAGUUGAUCAGUGUGCAAAAGUCGAUUGUACGCUGCGUACGAUUCUCGAUGCCGCCGAAUCAUUUGCAAAAACGCCCAGGCUUCUCAUCCUAGUCUUUUUGCUAUAUCAGAUGACGAUGGGCAGCCCUGACAACGAGCACCGGACCGGUGCGAAGCAGAGUCCACAUGCCGACUACGUGAAAUUCUUACCAAAGAGUAUCCCUCUGCCGACUUUUUAUACUGAAGCAGAGCGAGCACUUCUCAGCGGAACUUCUUUGAAGGAUGCGCUAGAGCAGAAGCUCACCAGCCUUGAGAAAGAAUUCGACCAAUUGAGGGAGGAAACGUCUACUGUGCCCUGGUGCAGGGAUACUUGGUGGGAUGAGCAGAACGGAAUCCUGACGAUGGACGACUGGAAGCUGGCCGACGCUGAAUACCGCUCGAGGGCGUUGGAACUGCCACGCGGCGUGGGCGAUUCAAUGGUGCCGGUUGUGGACAUGGCCAAUCACGCCUCGGACAACAGAUCAAAUGCACGGUUCGAGGUGGACGACGAUGGUAACGCAGUCCUUGUUGUGCGCGACGAUAAGAGCAUCGCCAGUGGUGAAGAGAUUACAAUCAUGUAUGGUGUCGGAGGUGCAACGGAAAUGGUGUUCUCCUAUGGUUUCCUUGAGGAAGGGGCGAGCAGCGCAAGGGAAAUGUUCCUCAACCUCUCCAUGCCGGAGGACGACCCGCUUCGCAUAGCCAAGAUUCGUUAUGCGGAGGAAGCUCCAGGUGUUCGCAUCUUCGUGAAUCAUGCGGGGAAGGUUGAUUGGGACAGCAACUACGUUUGGUGGGCCUGUAUCAACGAGGAAGAUGGACUUGACUUUCGCGUGGCACAAACUAAUGACGGCCAGAAGGAAUUGAAGGCCUCAUGGAAAGGCCACGAGUUUGCGGCGGGUGAGCUAAAGGACAUUCUGAUGAACGAUCAGCUCCGGGAUAUCUUCGUGUUGAGAGCUACAGUGUUGAUUCAGCAACGGCUAGAGGAACAAGGGUUGGCACUGGCAGGUACAGAGCAAGCAUUUCUUGAAGCACGCGACCAAUCCGAUUCGAGUGAAUCGGUUUGGAAGCUUGUCAGCCGCUUAAGAGACUUGGAGCUCGAGCUUGUGUCGGACGGUUUCCAGCAUCUGGAGACGGAGGUGAGUGGCCCCGUGCGGAUAGUUUCCGAGUUUUCAUGCAAGGGCUGUUUGGGCUGA